GAGCACGUGGAGGAAGAAUGUACGGAUCCGUGAUAAGGCGGAUACGAUCCGCGAUAAUCGGGCUCCUGCUGCUACUAGCGACCUGGAGUAACGAGCACAGCUGCAGCGGACUGCAAUAUCAACCCGCCGAGGUUUAUGCAAACGGCGAUGAUUGUGCCUUGAUCUUAAACCGUCCAGGAAGAACAAACGUCUUCGAUUACACGUACAAUUUGCUCCGUGGAUCCUUCACACCAGCAACAGCAUCGCAGUCGUGCAUCACCUACGAUGCUGUGAAUCGCGCCUACGUGGAAGCUAGAAAACGCAUCAAUGUGGCGCAACCGAAAGGCAAGACAUGGCGGCCAGAAGACCUGGCCACGGUCGGCGAACUCCUCCUGGACAUCACAUCGAACCUCGCGCAAACGUACGGUUUAACAGUCGACGAGAUCGAGAAGAGUCUACCCCUAAUCGACACAUCGAAGACCUUGAUUCGAGAGAUAUGCCCAGCUUUUUUGAGCAACGUGGAGUGCCGAGCUGGAAAAUACCGAAGAAACGAUGGUCUCUGCACGAAUUUGCAAAAUCCAACAUGGGGUUCCACUUUGUCACCCUUCCAAAGACUUAUGACUCCACGAUUCUCAGACGGUUUAACGGCGCCCAGGAUAUCGGUAACCGGCCAUGAUUUACCAUUAUCACGAGUGGUGUCGCGCACCAUGCACCCUGACGAAGGUUAUCACGAUCACGCCGGCACUGUUAUGGUGAUCGCCUGGGGACAGUUUAUGGACCACGACUAUACGUUGACUGGAACACCUCUAGAUCCCCUGAACCGAAACGACCCGGAGGAAUGUUGCCAUCGACCACCGCACCUGAAGAAUCCUUACUGCAACGAGAUCCUCAUACCGGAAGAUGAUUACUUCUACAGGCUGUUCGGCGUGAAAUGCAUGGACUUUGUUAGAGCGUUUCCCGCCGUUCGACCUGGAUGCCGUCUUGGAUCUCGCGUGCCGUUUAAUCUUCUGACAGGAGUGUUGGAUGGGAAUACGGUUUAUGGAAUUAACGAAGUAUUCGCAAGGAAACUUCGAACCGGUUACGGUGGUUUGUUACGCAUGAACCCGGUGUUCUCGGAAUACGGGCUGAAGGAUUUACUCCCGCUCAAAUUGGACAUCCCCGACGAGGGAUGCACCCGUUUGAACCGAUCCAUGUACUGUUUCGAAGCAGGUGAAAUUCGAGUGAACGAACAGCUAGUGUUAACUUGUAUGCACACACUGAUGGCACGUGAGCAUAAUAGGAUCGCGAAAACGUUGAUUCAAAUUAACCCACACUGGGACGACGAGACUCUGUAUCAAGAAUCUAGACGAAUAGUGAUUGCUCAAAUUGAACACAUCACUUACAAUGAAUUCCUGCCCAUUUUGCUUGGAAAAGAUGUUAUGGAGAAGUUUGGUCUUCUUCUGGAGAAAAACGGAUACUGGGAUGGUUACGACGAAAGUGUGAAUCCAGCAGUGAUCGAUGCUUUUGCUGCUGCAGCGUUCAGAUUUGGCCACUCUUUACUACCAACAGCAGUGGAAAGAUGGAGUAAAGCUCACAAAUUCAUAGCUUCGAAAAGACUGUCUGAUUUAAUAAGAAGACCCUUCGACCUGUAUCGAGCUGGUGUUUUCGAUGAAUACAUUAUGGGACUGAUGAAUCAAGUCGCUCAAGCUAUGGACGAUUCUAUCACGCAAGAGGUUACGAAUCACCUGUUCAAAAAAGCCGGUGCGAAAUUCGGACUGGACUUGGUCUCCUUCAAUAUGCAACGCGGCCGCGAAUUUGGUGUUCCAAGCUACAUGGAGUUCAGAAAAUUCUGUGGCCUUCCCUGGGCAGACACCUUCGAUGAUUUACAUGGAUCCAUGCCAAAUGAAACUAUCAAAAGAUACAGUUCAAUCUUUGAGCAUCCAGCUGACGUGGACCUCUGGUCCGGUGGCGUGUCCGAAAGACCGCUUCCGGGUAGCAUGCUCGGUCCAACCUUCGCCUGUAUAAUUGCCACGCAAUUCAGCUAUUCACGUCGAGGUGAUCGAUUUUGGUACGAGCUGCCGAACCAGCCAUCGUCCUUCACUCUCGAACAACUGAACGAGAUACGAAAGGUGAAGCUGGCCAGGGUAAUCUGUGACAACACCGACCUGAUAGACACCAUACAGAUUUAUCCCAUGGUGUUACCUGACCACGAGAUAAAUCCACGAGUCCCGUGUCGAAGCGGAGUAUUGCCAAGCAUGGACCUGAGCAAAUGGGCGGAAUAUCCGACUGCGAGUCACGCUCAAUACAAGUAAAACAAAAAAUGUAGUGACCGCCUAGACGAACACCACCACUGUAGUGAACCAACAGUCACGAGCCAAGAAGCACCACCCUUAGGCACCCUUAACUCGAGACACAUUACGGUACUGUAGCAUAGCAAACUGUAGGACCGUCUGCACCAUGAAUUUUCAAUCAAUUUAGGGACACAAAGCAGACGAACGUAAUACAGAGUACAGAGUAUAGUUAGCCUCGAAUAGACCCCUUAGAGCGACAUUUUAAUUAAUUCUAUCCUCUUAGAGACACUUAACUUAUUGCCUUAGCAAGAUUUAUAAUUUAUAUACGAUUGAGUAUAAAUUAUAACUUUCAUUUGUAGUCUCUCUUUCUCUUGUAAGUCUUCUUAUUUUUUUUUUUUAAUAUUUUUUUUUACCACUUUUUUAUACGAUUAAUUAUUUUUAAGAUUUACCCAUUCUAUGUUACGGUUUGUAGUGUACGUAGGUGUUGCAGAAAAGAGUUUUGAAGUUCAUAGCCAAUUAAUAUAAAAUAUUGAUACCCAUCGCAAUACGAAUCAACGUAUUAAAUUUUUUUUUCUUUUCGUUCAUAAAAGCUUGUAAUUCAUUUUCUGUAACACUCUGUACAGAACAUCCUGAAAGUACACGAUCGUGAAAGUUUAGAUAAACUUGCCAGUAAUGUUAAACUGCAAUACGCGAAGUUUACAUAGAACGAUUCCAGGCCGAUUGCUUUGGGAGUAGAUAGUUCAUAUAAUAAUAGAGCGUGUUCAAUUGUGCCCGUGUUACAUUGCAAUCGAAAUGCGUCAGAUCGAGAAACGAUACACACUUUCAUUCGAGUUUCAUCGUUCUAGCUAGUUCUGGGUAGAGUUACCUAUAAUAGAAAUAAUAGCUAUACGAAUGUAACGACGGUAGAGUAUCGCGUGUUAAUUGAAUACGUCCAAAUACCUGUCGAAUACUCUUAAUAUCGCGAUAGAGAAUCAUCUUGCCUAGUUUUCUAACUGAUCAAGAAAAUUUGGUAAA